UUCGUCUACCUGUAAUCUACACUUCUUUUUAUGAGACAAAGUAAUUGUUCAGGCAAGCAAUCAUCAGCAUAUAAACAUUUUAUUCGAUUCAAUUCGGAUUUUAAUCCACCUUUUCUACUAUAAAAGCCUUGCUUCUCCAACCCAUUAUUGUGCAAGUAAGAAAAUCUAGUUCUAAAUUGAUAUUUAGUGUUCCUGUCUUCAAAUGGCUCUCCAAAAAUUGUUCAUUCUCACACUAGUAUUGCUAGUGUUGGCAGCCUGUUCUGAUGCUGGUGGAAUAGCUAUCUACUGGGGUCAGAAUGGAAAUGAAGGGACCUUGGCAGAGACUUGUGCCACAGGAAAAUAUGAUUAUGUGAACAUAGCUUUUCUAUCAUCUUUUGGCAAUGGUCAGACGCCCACAAUAAACCUUGCUGGUCAUUGCGAUCCGAACAGUAAUGGCUGCACAAGCUUGAGUUCUGAUAUAAAAUCAUGUCAGUCUAAAGGUGUCAAAGUGAUACUUUCUAUUGGAGGAGGUGCCGGCGGUUACUCUCUAGCUUCUGCUGCUGAUGCUAGGCAAGUCGCCACAUAUCUCUGGAACAACUUCUUGGGUGGAAAAUCUUCAUCUCGUCCGCUAGGCCCUGCUGUUCUCGAUGGAAUUGACUUCGACAUUGAAGGAGGAACAAAUCUAUACUGGGAUGAUCUCGCAAGGUACCUUUCAGCAUAUAGCAAAAAGGGAAAGAAAGUGUACUUAACUGCAGCUCCUCAGUGUCCAUUCCCUGAUGCUUGGAUAGGAAAUGCACUGAAGACAGGUCUUUUCGAUUACGUUUGGGUUCAAUUCUACAACAAUCCUCCUUGCCAGUACUCUGGUGAUGCUACCAAUCUUGAAGAUGCAUGGAAGCAAUGGACUUCAGAUAUUCCUGCCAACAAGAUUUUCUUAGGUUUACCUGCAUCUCCUGCAGCAGCAGGAAGUGGAUUCAUUCCUGUGCCUGAUCUAGUUUCCAAUGUGCUUCCAGCAAUCAAGGGAUCUGGUAAAUAUGGAGGAGUGAUGCUAUGGUCAAAGUACUAUGAUGACCAAAGCGGAUAUAGUUCUUCCAUCAAGAGCCACGUCUAGAAUCUUUAUUGGUCCUUCAUGGGAAGAUAUGCUCUAAUAUCACUUCCAUAUAUGUAAUCUUUAUACUUGUUUGAAUAAAUAUUAUAUUUGCAGAUCUCCUGUGCUCUCAAAAAACAUUUGCUUUUUGUUGGCUAACAUGACAUAUGCGAGGCUAACAUGCCUUGAAAAUUUUCAUGAAUGGCUGUUUCCAUCAGUCGCAUGUUCGCUCCUGAUGAA